AUGAGGGCCGAUAAGAUAUCGCUAGUUGCUAAGAAGGAUCCCUUAAUAUGUGCAUUUGCAUCUAGAUAUUUAAAAAUUCACAGAGAGAACCAUUUCAUUCUAGUGGCUUCAAGAAAAAUGAGAGAAUUAGCCAGAUUAUUAUUGGAGAUAAAAAAAAUAAAACCCACUAUUAAGGGCCUCUUUGAGACCCUUAAACCGGAUAACUACGAUAUUUUAGUCUCGGCAACUAAAGCUGCAUCUCGAUUUGACAAGGAUUCUAAAACAUAUCAAGCUCCAACAUUUGCAUUAAAUAUGGGCACUACAUUGAAACAGUGUUGCGAUAUCGCACUAGUAUACAGCUUUAAAAAAUCUGAUUACCUUGCAUCUACAUAUUCUGCAACACAAGAGGCUGACCUUAAAACUCUAAUACAGUUAAUAAAUGGUAACUGGAAAUUUGAUGUUUCCAACCAAGCUUCUAGUGAUCUUAAUAUAAAUAAAUGGAAUAAAGUCACUCUAGUACCCCUUGCCACUGAUCUUAAACUACUAAAAGAUUACUUGAUAAAACAAGCUGAUGAUGCACUCUACAAAUUGCAAGAAAAUUCCAGUGAUGAAAAAUCAUAUACUACUUUAAUAGAAACCAUCUACUGCAGAAUAAUUUUACUGAAUAGACGACGUCCGGGAGAGUUGCAGAGACUUUUAGUAAACACUUACAAAUCAAUAAUUCAUCAUGAGAAUGAUGAAUUAUUGAUGAGCAGUUUUAAGCGUAUUGUCAUAAGAGGUAAAAGGGAAAUGGGAGUGCCAAUAUUAAUUAGCAAGGAUGUACAAGAACACUUAAACAUAGUUUUAAGGUGUAGAAGUAAGAUUCUGAAAAUGUCCAAUAUUUACUUAUUCGCAAAUCCUAAGUCAUCUAAGCCAAUUGUGGGUUAUAAAGCAUUAAGAAAACACGCUUCACCCUGUGGAGCUAAAAACCCGGAUGCUCUAACCUGUACCCGACUUCGAAAACAUUUGGCAACUUUAACUCAAUUAUUUAACAUGUCUGAAAACGACAUGGAGCAAUUGGCCUCAUUUAUGGGUCACACUUUGGGUAUACAUCGACAGUCGUAUCGCCUACCCGACGAUAUUUAUCAAACUUCUAGAAUUUCCAAAUUACUUAUACUUAUGGAAAAUGGUGAAGCUGGUCAUUUUAAAGGCAAAUCGCUAGAUGAGAUUGAGAUAAAUUUGGAAGAAAAUUUAAUGGAUAUGUCUGAUAAACCAAAAUCAAAAGAAAAUGAGCAUGGAAACGAAAAUUGGGAGGCUACUGAAAAACAAAAUGACGAGACACAUCUAGACACGUCAAAUGCACAGGAUCUACUUGAAAAUUCUGAAAAAAGUAAGCUGGAUUCGGACAGUAUUCAAAAACCAAAAAUUCGAAAGCUAGUUCCAUGGACAACAGAGCAGAAAAAUUUAGUUAUGAAUUUUUUUUAA